UAACGCAAUAAAUACUUACAAAUAAAAAAUUCGGAACGAAAUUCGUAAGAAUUAUCGUUGUGAAGUCAUCCAUUAUAUUUUUGUUAAUAUUAAAAAUGAACAAAGGUUGUUGGAAAUUUGACGAGGAAGAUAAAGAAAACUAAUACAAAUGAAAAUCUUUACUAGUAAAAUGUUAAGAUCAAAAAAUUUUUAUAUAUAUAUAUAUAUAAAUCAUACUUUAAACUAUAUAAGCUCCAACAUAAAUAGACAGAGUCGAGGAUGUAUUAACUUGCCAUUUACAGCAUUGUAUAUAGAUUGGGAAGAAGAUACGGAAGAUGAACAGUCAUCCAAAGUAUUUAGCUGUUGGGAUAGAAUACCUGAUAUACUUUUGGAAGAGAUAUUUUCGUAUUUAACUAUUCGUGAGCGAUACUAUGCUUCUCUUGUAUGUCGCUCUUGGUAUCAUGCAUUCAAAUUGCAGAAUGUAUGGUCUACAUUUACAUUAGAAGAUACAACUUUAACAAGAGGAAAAUUUAAUUAUUAUAGUGGUUGGCAAUAUGUUCUAGAUCAUAUCAGAACAUCAACUUGUCUUAAUAAAGUUGGAAAAAAUUUUAGAACUCUUGUCUUUGAACCUAUGUUAAAUUUUUAUAAUUUAUAUGAAUUUAUGAAUAUGAUAUCUUGGUAUACGGAAAGACAAGGAUCAGAUAAUACUUCUGUAGCAGGUGUAGGUAUUAAUAUUCGAAGGCUUAAGUUUACAUUUCCUUGUAAUAUGGCAAACAGAGAUGAUCCAGAUCGUAUUAGACUUUUUGGUACAGGAGGAAAGUUGCUCGAAGCUUUGAAGAGACUUAUGAGAAAUUUAAAGAAUUUAAAAUGUUUAGAAUUAAUCGAUUUAAUGCUCGAUAGUAAGGAAGCUUUACAUUUAAUGGAUGAUAUUUGUGAAAAUUGUACUCAGACUUUAUCAAAGUUAAUAUUAAUAAAUACUACUAGGUACUAUUGUCCAUUGUUGCAUGUAGGAGUAUUUCUUAAUUUGAAUGUUCUUGUUAUAAGUCCACAAAAUCUUCAUGAAGAUGUCAUUGAAUUACUUGGACAUACAAGAUUAAAACAUCUUCAUAUUGUACAAAAUCGAUAUAGUCCGAAGGAUACAACUGUUAGAUUGCCAAAAAGAGCAUCAUGGAUAAAAAUGAGAUCAAAUAACCCAUAUAUAAAAGUACAUUUUGAAAUAGAAAGUCGUAAAUCUACAGAUGUACUUUUACCGAUAGAUCUGUUAGAACACAGUGCUGUACCAUGUCAUAGUAUAGUCAUAGACAAUCCAAGUACACAGAUUUCACCAUCAUGGAUCAUUACACAUGGUUCUUUUUUCGAUUCAACAAUUCGAAUUUAUGCAUUCAAGGGAAUAACAAGAUAUUAUUUACAUAAAAAUUUUUCUAAAAGAUUGGACGAGGCAUUGGUACAAUUUUGCAAAAUGUGUCCCAAUCUACACACUCUGAUGAUUCGUGAUAAAAUAUCAACAUCAACGAUACUAGAAAUAGUUUCUACGGCAAAAUUCCUUCGUUGUUUGUACGUUCGACGUAAUGUGGUUUUAAAAAGAUGUGAUGGAGAUUGGUUAAAAGUAUCAUGUUGGACGCCUGAACAUUAUCAAUGGAUAAAAACGAAUAGUCGUAGUUAUGACGAUACAGAGAGAGAAGUAUCAAAAAUAUUAGGUUAUAGAUGGCAUAUGCUAUCUGAAAAAGAAUUUAAGAAACAAACAAUUAAUUUACAUAUUUAACUAAUAUCUAGAAUAUAAGAUUAUUUAUAUUCGUACAUUAUGUGCCUGAUAAAAAAUAUGUAGGAUCGAAGCGAUAAAGUAUAAGUAUUAAUAUUAUUCUAUCUGCAAUACCAAAAAAAAAUUCAAUUUUUCUUAUAAUCUAAAAUUUAUUUACAAAGUAAAUAAAUUAUAUUAAAAGAUUAUAUCAGUAUAAACUUUGUCUAAAUUUAAUAAAAUCAUAAUAAUAUAUGAUGAAAAAGUAAUGACACGAUUGCAACAUAGCAUUUAACAUGAUUAUAGGUUUUAGCAAUAUAAAUGUAUUAUACUGAUCUUCUUAUGCGGAAAUACUUAAUUACAAUACUAUAUUUGGCUGUAUUUUAUUGACUUUAUAAUUACCAUAAUUUUAUAAGUUGCAAUAUUAUUGAGAUUAAUAAAUUGACUGUGAUUAGAAAUUCGAUACAUGAAAGAAAAAUGUAUUAUACGCGGUAUAAAGAAAGGACUGUUGUAAAUAAAAAAGAAAUAUGAUAUAAUGUGUAAUAACAAUUUCAUGCAAUCUGA